UGGGUGGGGGGCGAGGAGCCGCACGCUCCCCCUCCCUACCCCCCCACCGGUGCAGACACCCCCCCCCCCUUUAUAUACAUACAUUCCCCUUUAUUUGGUCCAGGAGGGCGGAAAAGCCAGAUAGAUACGCCUACGAAACAAGAGAGUCCCCCACCCUUAUUUCCCCAAGCCCCGCCCCCUGGGGCUACAGCCCCGCCCUAAAAGACCCCCUCUCCCUAAACCCCGCCCUUCAAAGCUAGGAGACCCCCCCCCAACAUAUCUCACUCAAAUACUCCCUCCUCCCCUGACUCUUAUUUGGUUUGUCAAUCAUGAUCCCCCAAAUUAGGAACUGAAGGGCUCUGUCCCAAAAAACAGGUUGACAAGAGGGAGACUUAAGCAUCCCCUCCCCCCAAAAGUGCUCCCCUUAAAGAAAGUGAGGUGUAGUUACAGGCAUACAACUCUCGAGGGAAAAGGCAAGGGGCUUAAAGAGGAGGAAUUCCUCCCCGCUUUUCAUCUUCCCACCCCAAUAGAUCUGCCCCCACUCCCUAUAGGCAGCAGCUGAGGAAACUGCAAGGGGGUGAGUGUGGGGCUUACCCAUCUCUCACCUCCCCCCUUUCACACUGGUGCAGCGAGAGCGAGUGUUGUGAGAGAGGAAGGGGGGCAUCUCUCUCAUCCCCAGCCUGCUAUGGAGAUGCAGAAAGGCAAAGGGGGAGCAGCAGCAGCUACAGCGAGUGGUGGUGGAGGAGGAGGAGGAGGAGGAGGAGGGAAAUUGCUGAUCUACACCAGUUUGGAUGCCAAGGAUGAGUUAGAGGAGAGGCUGGAAAGGUGCAUGGGCAUCGUGACAUCCCUGACAAGCGGAGUCUCGGAGAGGGAAGCCAACGACGCUCUGAAUGCUCACGUGUGCAAAGGAGCCCCCCAGCACGAGGAGAUCUACCUGGGACUCUUCACCCUGAUCCUCACAGAGCCUGCUCAAGCUCAGAAGUGUUACCGGGAUCUGACGCUAGUGAGCCGAGACGGAAUGGUUGGCUUGUUGAACAAGAUGAACCAGGUGGUGAUGGAGAAGUACCUGAAGCUGCAGGACACCUGUCGGAUUCAGUUUGUCUGGCUGGUGCGGGAGAUGGUGAGGAGCGGUGUCCUCGGCAGUGACGGCAUCUGCAUGACCUUCAUGAAGCAGAUAGCAGGAGGGGAUGUGACCGCAAAGAAUAUCUGGCUGGCCGAGAACAUCCUUGACAUGCUCAUGGAGCAAAGGGAGUGGGUGUUGAAGAGCUCGAUGCUGAUCGCCAUGUCUGUGUACACGUUCCUGCGCCUCAUCGUGGAUCACCACGGCUCCCCGCCACUGCAGGCCCUGCGGCAGAAGGAGGUGGACUUCUGCAUCUCUCUGCUCCGCGACCGGUUCAUGGAUUGCGCUGUGAUUGGCCGAGAUCUGGUGAGACUCUUGCAGAACGUUGCUAGGAUACCCGAGUUUGAGCAGCUAUGGAAAGACAUUAUCCACAAUCCGCAGGCACUGAGCCCGCAGUUCACAGGCGCGCUGCAGCUCCUGCAGAGCCGGACUUCGCGCAAGUUCCUGGCAUUCCGCCUCACACCAGAUAUGGAGACCAAGCUGCUCUUCAUGACUUCUCGGGUGCGCUUUGGCCAGCAGAAGAGGUACCAAGAUUGGUUCCAGCGGCAAUACCUGUCCACGCCGGACAGCCAGUCCCUGCGCUGCGACCUCAUCCGCUACAUUUGCGGCGUGGUACACCCAUCCAAUGAGGUGCUGAGCUCUGACAUCCUCCCUCGCUGGGCCAUCAUCGGCUGGUUGCUCACCACAUGCACGUCCAACGUAGCUGCUUCGAAUGCCAAGCUGGCCUUGUUCUACGACUGGCUCUUCUUCAACCCCGAGAAAGACAGCAUCAUGAACAUUGAGCCAGCCAUUCUAGUCAUGCAUCACUCCAUGAAACCGCACCCAGCCAUCACCGCCACCCUCCUGGACUUCAUGUGUCGGAUCAUUCCUAACUUCUAUCCUGCCCUGGAAGCCCACGUGCGACAAGGGGUCUUCAACUCCCUCACCCACAUUGUGGAGAAGCGAGUCCUCGCGCACUUGGCUCCUCUCUUCGACAACCCCAAGCUGGACAAAGAGCUCCGGGCCAUGCUGAGAGAGAAAUUCCCCGAGUUCUGCAGUUCGCCCUCUCCUCCCGUCGAAGUCAAAAUCGAGGAGCCGGUUUCCAUGGAGAUGGACAAUCACAUGUCCGACAAAGAUGACAGUUGCUACGACAACGCAGAGGCCGCCUUCAGUGAUGACGAAGAGGAUUUGAAUGGCAAAGGGAAAAAGAGAGAGUUCCGGUUCCACCCGAUCAAAGAAGCUGUCGUGGAGGAGCCCGUCGACAUCACACCUUUCCUGGACCAGUUGGACGAGUCCUUGAAGGAUAAAGUCUUGCUGCUACAGAAGGGGAGUGACACAGAGGCCCAGUGUGAGGUCAUGCAGGAAAUCGUGGAUCAAGUCCUGGAGGAGGAUUUUGACCAGGAGCAGCUGUCAGUCCUUGCCUCUUGCCUACAGGAGCUCUUCAAGGCUCACUUCCGUGGGGAGGUCCUUCCGGAAGAGAUCACCGAAGAGUCUCUGGAGGAAUCUGUGGGGAAGCCGCUUUACCUAAUAUUUAGGAACCUUUGCCAGAUGCAGGAGGACAACAGUGGCUUCUCCGUGCUGCUGGAUCUUUUAUCUGAACUCUAUCAGAAGCAGCCCAAGAUCGGCUACCACCUUCUGUACUACCUGAAAGCCAGCAAAGCCGCGGCUGGGAAGAUGAACCUCUACGAGUCCUUUGCCCAGGCCACGCAGCUGGGCGACCUGCACACUUGCCUGAUGAUGGAUAUGAAGGCUUGCCAGGAGGACGACGUCCGGCUGCUCUGCUACCUCACUCCUUCCAUAUACACUGAGUUUCCAGAUGAGACCCUGCGAAGCGGGGAGCUGUUGAACAUGAUCGUGGCUGUCAUCGACUCAGCGCAGCUUCAGGAGCUCGUGUGCCACGUGAUGAUGGGCAACCUGGUCAUGUUCCGGAAGGACUCGGUCCUGAACAUUCUGAUUCAGAGCUUGGAUUGGGAGACGUUUGAACAGUACUGCACGUGGCAGCUCUUCCUGGCGCAUAACAUCCCGCUAGAGACCAUCAUUCCCAUCCUUCAGCAUCUCAAGUACAAAGAACACCCCGAGGCGCUUUCCUGCCUGUUGCUGCAGCUGAGACGCGAAAAGCCCAGUGAAGAGAUGGUGAAGAUGGUGCUGAGCCGGCCAUGCCACCCAGACGACCAGUUCACCACCAGCAUCCUCCGGCAUUGGUGCAUCAAACACGACGACCUCUUGGCCGAACACAUCAAGUCCCUCCUGAUCAAGAACAACAGCCUGCCCCGGAAACGCCAAAGCCUGCGCAGCUCCAGCAGCAAACUGGCCCAGCUGACUCUGGAGCAGAUCUUAGAGCACCUGGACAACCUGCGCCUGAACCUCACCAACACCAAACAGAACUUUUUCAGCCAAACCCCGAUCCUUCAGGCACUGCAGCAUGUCCAAGCCAGCUGUGACGAGGCCCACAAGAUGAAGUUCAGCGACCUCUUCUCUCUGGCCGAGGAGUACGAAGACUCCUCCAGCAAGCCCCCCAAGAGCCGGCGGAAAGCCACCAUCUCCAGCCCCCGCAGCCGCAAGAACGCAGCCCAGCCAGCCAACAACGAAGAGGAGUCUGCCUCCAGCAGCGCCUCGGAGGAGGAGGACACCAAACCUAAACCGACAAAGCGGAAGCGGAAAGGCUCCUCGGCAGUUGGCUCAGACAGUGACUGAGGGGGGCGGGGGGGGGCCUUGGCAGCACAGCUUGCCCGCCUGCCUCCAACCUGCCUCGUUGCCAGCGGCUCCCAGGGUGACAGCGGCGGCAGUAGAGAGCGGUUCCGGAGCAACUGGACGGACGCCAUCGACAGCAGGGCAACGCGCACAGGAGAUGUCUGUGCGCGCACCCCACUCAGUGAGACUUGAAUGCUCUGACAGCCCCUUUCCUGCGCAGCGUCACCUACUACUCCCUUGCCCUGCCUCCCCCCCACCCCCCGCGACCUCCACACUGGGCACCAGCCUCCUCCUCGCCAAUCUGUCUGGCCUGACAUGGCAGGGAAAGGGAGAUUCCUUGCAGCCGUCCACCUGGGAACUUGGAAGACACUGGUCGCCUCCACCGGGGAUAUGGUAAUCAGAAGCGACACGGGGCCAGAGAGAGACCAGGUCCACUUCCCACCCACCCACCCGCCUCUCCUCCACGAAAAGCAAAUAAAGGAUGUGAACGAGCUGGCUGCUCCAUUGGUGGUUCUGGCUGGGGAGACCGAGGAGCCAAGGGGGUUGGAAUAUGGGGAGGGGGCUUGUCUGGGACUGCCCAGCUAAGCCUACCCCUUCCUGGUGUCCCAGUCUAGGCAUCAUUUUCAAACUUCUCACAUUUCUCCCCCCCACCCACCCACCCCAAAAGAGGAGGCGAAGUUCCCAUUUUCUCUUUGCAGAGAAUCUCCACUUGAGCCUCAAACUCUCCCACACCCCACCUUCAGGCUAGCUAUGGCCACCUCGCCAUUCCUGGGGUUGCCAGCCGGUCCCCGGCAAGCCACCGUCUCCCACCCACCCCGUCCCUGCCUUCACACCUCAGUCAGCCCACAUGCACCCUCUCCCAGGCUGUCGGCACAAAAGACGGGUGCUGAAGCUCUCCUGGGUGGCUUUGGAACGCGCCCCCCGUCUUCCUGUCAGCACCCAACUUGGAGAAGCUUGCGGGGUUGUGGGGGGAGCAACAAUCAGAGCAACCAGCCAGCAAGACUAGAUGGUGGUUAUAUUUUUAAUUACCCAUCUACCCACUGAGAGAUUAUCAUUUUUAAACAGUUUUUAAAAGAGACAAUAAAAACUGUCGACAUGUUUUGUACAAGCCA